AUGAUUGGUCUGCGUGCGAUUUUGGGUGUCUUCUUGCUAAUGGCCUUAGUGAAUAUUUUUGCAGUUAAUGCGGAAGAGGAGGAUGUUUGCAGUCAACCCGCUGAUCGUGGUCAUUGCCGUGCUCUGCUAUGGCGGUACCACUACGAUAUCGUUUCAAAUAGCUGUCAAACCUUUGCUUAUGGCGGUUGCGGCGGAAAUGAUAAUAACUUUGAAGCUAUAGAGGACUGCGAAGCUACAUGUUUGGAAUAGUAUAAACUUUAUACUAACU